AAUAUGUUGUUUUUCUUUUGUCGCAGUGGUAGAAGCUCAACCCGUUUCGCUUUCAAUCAAAGGGAAGAACAAAGAUUCAAUUCAUGGCGGCUGCAAAGCUUCAAGCUUUAUGGAAUCACCCAGCUGGGCCCAAAACCAUUCAUUUCUGGGCACCUACCUUUAAGUGGGGCAUCAGCAUUGCCAAUAUUGCUGAUUUCUCAAAACCACCUGAGAAACUUUCCUAUCCUCAGCAAAUAGCGGUGACAGCUACUGGACUUAUCUGGUCUCGUUACAGCACUGUUAUCACUCCUAAAAAUUGGAACCUGUUUAGUGUAAACGUUGCAAUGGCAGGGACAGGCUUAUACCAACUCUCACGCAAAUUGCGGCAUGAUUAUUCCUCUGAGGCUGCUGUGACAAAAGAAUGACAAUAAAUCUUUGAAAAUCUCAGUUAUUGUGUACUUGGAGGCAGAUGGCCAGACUGACAUAUAUUUGUGUUCAUACUUUUGGAUGUGUAAUUCAUUUGUACUUUUGCAAGUCUCAAACUGUUAAAGCAUCCCCCAUCUAUGUGUUUUCUUGUUGUAUUUGAUUGUGGUCAAAUAAGGGACUCAAGAUUAGCGGGCAACUGAAUACAACUGGCCUCAUCUUUUUAAUAUUUCC